GAUCGGUGCUAUGAAGUGGCCAAACAGAUACUGGCAGUCAAACAGAUCAAUGAGUUGGACCACAACGAAGACAUCGAUAGAGUUGUCUCGUUUAUGGACCAUAAUUGGGUGAACAACCAGUCUUUCGCUGCAAUGGACACUAAGUCUCAAGAUUAUGAAGUCUAUAAUCCAAUGCUAUUCACAUCUAUUGGCCCACAAAUGUGUCCACCGAUGGUCUAUGAAACCAUUGAACAGCCAAUGUAUGAGCCGAUGGUGAGCCCACCCGUUGGCCAAUCAUUGUAUCCAUCGAUGGACCACAAACUCCAUGACAAACGACCGCAAAGUAAAUCCAACGACAAGAGAGACAAGUUAUUCACGGCCACAGUGUCGGUGCCCUCGUCACACCACGUGGCACAGAUAGUCGGCAAACAGGGCUCAAAAAUAAAGUUAUUGCGUCAGAAGUCUGGGGUACACAUCCAGACGCCCGUCAAUGGACAGGAGCCGGUCUUCAUAAUAACGGGUGAUCGCCAUAAAGUGGAGGAA